AUGACAGCAGUAGAAUUAUCACUAUUUAUACAAAGUUGUAUCAUUAGAUUGUUGAUCGAUCAACAAUCAAAUUUACAUGAAGACAAAGAUACGUAUAAAGGAACUGAGUAUUGGUACAUAGUGUUUAAUGGAGAAAAGAGAAGACAACAACCAAUCAAAGCAAUAAAUGUGAUAGACAUUGCAUUGGUUUCAAAGUCGUGGUUACAAGUGGUUAGACAGAGAUCAUCAAUCUUUUUAAAGGGUCAUUUGGACAGUAAAUUGAACUCUUUAAUACUCAAAUCAAUACAAUCAAGUAGUCAUUCAAUCUACUCUUCGAAAAGUAUACAAACACUAAAAUGGUCAUUAAAUGAAAUAGAUAUCUAUCUUGAAUCAACAUUUGACUAUUCAAAUCAAUUAAUGCAACUAUUACCUAGUCUACAAACCAUCAACCUUAGAUGUUUUGGCCUUGUGAAUGUACAAGUUAUGAAAGCAUUGAAAUCAGUACAACAACAACAUCCUCAUCUUGUAAUCAACAUAGAGUUUGAUCUCAAUGGAGGAUACCACCAAGACCAAGAUAUCGAGUGGCCAUCAUCAUUGGAAGGGUUUACACCCAACACUGUGUCUUUGGGAACUAGAGAUUUCAAAAAACGGAUCAUUUUUGGUGACCUUCCACGCUAUCCUAGCCAAUGUAUCAAUAUGAUCAAAGAUCUUCAACUGCAAUCACUCAAUUUGUACACUGUCUAUAAUGAAGAUGGAGUAAGACAUAUUCAAUACACGGACCUAUUCAAACACCUCAAAUCAAUCAAACAUCUCGGCAUUGGCUAUGAUUUUGUAGAGUUGGCAGAAUUAAAACAUUUGGUUGAUGUUAAUCAAUACAUUCAAUUGGAAUCUCUAAAGGUGGAUAUAUUGCCCUGUAUUUUGUAUGGCCAACACCCACACAGAGAAGGCAAUCACAUAGAGUUUCAUUACGACCAUUCAAUGAACGACUGGACCGAAUUUUGUCAAAACAUUGCCAAUAAUACAACUCUCAAAAGAUUACAUCUAGGUAACAGUGGUUGUGACAACCAUCGUCAACCAAUUGACCACGAGAAAUUAAAUACAUUUCAAUUGGCAUUUGAAUCAAUCUGGAGUGGUGGUGGUGGUGUUGGUUAUAGUAGUGGAAAGAUUCCAAACAUUGACUAUCUGGCUUUGAGAUCUAUGCCAAAUCUAAUGACUGACAAUAUGUGGAAUACAUUAUGUCAUGCUAAUUGCCGUCACAUCACCAAAUUACUAUUGAACUAUGGAACAGUGACCAAUGAUAUGGUUCCAUCUCUCUCGAAUCUAAUUGCAACCAACAAAACGAUUACAGUUCUAUCAAUUAGAGGUAAUGAGUUGGAUUUUAACAAUGGCUUGGAACAAGCAUUCAAACAAAACAAAACAAUCACUCUCUUGGAUAUUGGUUACAAUUUUUGCAAUGACUACCAUGAUGGUCAUGACACCUCAUUUUUCAACGCCUUGUUGUACAGUGACACUGUCCAAUUUUUAUUCUUUGUUGUUCGCAGAUGUAAAUCCAAACAACUGCUUCAAGAAAAAUAUGCAUACUUUAGUGAAUCAAAAUCAUUAAUAGAAUUUCAUUUCGAUUUAAUUUCAUCUGAUAGUUCUCCCUACUUUAACAAUAGUUUAUUUAAAUAG